CCAAUUGGUCUCGGGUAGAGUCGGUGGAGUCUGACCUAAUAACAUUCACGUCAGUUGUACGACGGACUCGACUCCGUUUGCACGAAUCCUUACCGAUAUCUCGCUAAUCGAAAGGAUCAAUAAAUUUACGACAAAAAUGCGUUCUUAUCGCGCUAUCAUCAUAGUGAUCUUGAUUUCACUGACGUUCACUCUUCUCAUUGUCAACGUGAUAACAACUAACGACUCGGGAUACCUUCCUGUUAGCAUUUCUAUGAGGAACCCAGAAUCAACCGUUUCAUCCUACACGGGAAAUGAUCCGCAACAGACUCAUCGCUACGUCACGCCUUCGCUCGCUGAACUAGGAGGUCGUGGGAAUCUACCUCCUGAGAAGAAUGACCAUGUCCUGAUGUUGACCCGGGUACCUGGAGCCGGCGCAGAAAUCCUUGUGCUUAUUCUACAACGUCUUCAGGGUUACAAUGCAUUCAAGCAUAUCAGACUGCCACCAGGAGACGACGGACUUCUUACCAGCCUCCAACAGGAACUGCUGGUCGAAGAGAUCACCAGUAUCAUCCGACAAGAGGCUGUACCAUUAAGUUUUGAUGGUGAUGUACGAUUUUUGAAUUUUUCUGCUUUUGGCAGACAAUCGCCUACGUAUAUAUCACUGGUGCGAUAUCCGCUAGAUCCAAGAAACCUCAAAAGUUUCAGACCAGGAGAGACAAGACAUGGAUCGAUAUUGCAUUUCUGCGGACAGGAUCCACGUUGCACGCAAAGAAAUAGCAGCUGGGCUCUAGAACAAGCUAAAACGAAUGUGUUACGUUGGUGUCCCGUGGUAGGCAUCCUGGAGGACAUUGAAGUCACCCUCAAGGUCCUUGAGAAUACGUUUCCAUAUUUUUUUAACGGCGCUUUAGAAGUUUACUCGAAAUUUCGAAUACCAAGCAAGAUGAAGUUUGAUCGAAGAAUAUCAAUGAAAGGUUCCAAACGGAAAGGAUUUCAAGAUGACUUUAAAAUGGAAAUGAUAUUCUAUGAGUGGCUUAAGCUUCGACUCAGUAAAAUGUCUACUAAUGGAUAAACUGUGCGGGACGACAUAACGGCUGACAUAAAUUGGAGAAUGUUAAUUUUUCGAGAAAUUCACCGGUUACGCAUGCCGAAAAACGUGACAAUUAUCGGCAUAUAAAUUUAUGAUGGUUCCUCUUCGGUACUGGGGAGGGAGAACAUGACUGUGUAAAACGCUCCCAGCUUCUGACGAUAUCAAACACAGUAGUGGAACUUUCAAAUUCUUAUGAUAAAAACAAAGCCUCGAGACUCGAUGAAUGUUUGUUUCAUUAUAAAAAAAAAAAGGAAUGAGUUUCAAUUUACAAAGAAUUGAUGAGACAAUGAGAAAGAGAUAAUUAAUAAAUUAACUUUUUUUUUUCAUGA